AUGGGUCUUUUCUUCAAUCUGGCCCUGGCCAUCUUUGCCGGCACGGGCAGUUUUCUCUUUGGAUAUGAUUCAGGUGUCAUGACCAUUGUCAUCCAAUCACCCAAUUUCCUCACCUUCUUCGACACGGACAAAACAUCCCCAAUCAUAGGAGCCAUCAAUGCGACGUUUUCUGGAGGAGCUUUCUUUGGCUCCUUGAUGGGUGGCUUCACCAUGGACAGCCUUGGGCGCAGGAAGACCAUCAUGAUUGCGGCUUCCAUUAACCUGGUCGGUGCGAUACUACAAUGUGCGGCCAGGGAUCUUGCCAUGAUUCUAGUGGGACGAAUCAUGGCAGGAUGGGCAGUAGGUCUGUUAUCCAUGUCUGUACCCAUCUACCAGACGGAAUGCGCCCAUCCCAAAACACGAGGUCUCAUCACGGGUAUCACGCAGCAAAUGAUUGGCGUAGGCUUCAUCGUGUCCACCUGGGUCGGCUACGGGGCCUCCAAAGUGCCCGCCACAAACUCCUUCUCGUGGCGUUUUCCGCUGGCCUUCCAAUGCGUUCCCUGCGUCAUGCUCAUCACAGGCAUUCUCUUCUUCCCCGAGUCCCCGCGCUACCUCGUCGAAACCGACCGCGCAGACGAGGCCCUCCGCGUGCUCCGAAAACUGCAUUUCGACGGCACCAACGACGACUGGGUGCAAGCCGAGUUCAACGAGAUCAAGCUGACGAGCGAGGCCGAGCGUGCUAUUUCCGCUCCGGGAUGGAGGAUCAUGUUCAAGGUGCCUACAUGGCGCACGCGGCUGAUGCACGCGACGCUCAUCCAAGUCUUUGGGCAAAUGACUGGUAUCAACGUAAUCGGAUACUACUCUACGAUUCUAUACGACAACCUCGGCAUCACAGGCGACAAGAACCUGCUCGUAACCGCCUUCUACAACCUCGUAGGCCCCAUCUGCAACCUCUUCUUCAUCGUCUUCGUGCUGGACCGCGUCGGGCGCAAGAAACCGCUUCUCUUCGGUACAAUCGGCAUUUCCGUCGCACUCAUCUGCGAAGCCAUCAUCGGCUCGCAAGUCGAAGGCGCCACGGGGUCACGCCGAGACGCACUGUCCGGUGCGGGCGUCUUCUUCCUGUUCCUCGUCUCGUGCAUCUUCAGCGUCUCCUUCGGCCCCAUAUCCUGGGUCUACGCCUCGGAAAUCAUGCCCCUUAGCAUUCGUGGCCGCGGCUCUGCUUUUGCGACCGCAGUGGGAAAUUGGCUCGUAGGCACUAUUUGGAGCCAGGUUUCACCGAUUGGUCUUGGUGAUAUCACGUAUCGUUUCUACUUCAUUUUCGUCGCAUUCAACUUAUGCAUUACGCUGCCGACGGUGUGGUUCGUGUUCAAGGAAACAAAACAACUCACGCUUGAAGAAAUCGACUUGCUGUUUGGCGAUCGCGACGCCGAUAUCCUGCCUGGCGGCCUCGACGACAAGCAGAAGCAGAUCCACCUCGAGCAGAUCUCCCAGGUCAAGAAGCAGCUUGCUAAGACGACGGCCACGGCUGUGCACUAG